GAUGACGUUUAACACAAUUGAAUUCCAGGGCCCGUGCUUCCAUUAGGCGACUGUAUAUCCAUUUUUUCAGUGUGAAAUUGGAAACUUGCAGUAACAGCCAUGAACUGGAACAAGGGUGGUCCAGGGGCCAAGAGGGGAUUUGGUUUUGGGGGCUUUAGCCUGGCAACAGGCAAGAAAGAGGAGCCCCGCUUGGCACAGCCAUCACACUCUUCGUUUGGAACUGGGCCAGGAUAUGGCAAAAACCAGCAGCUCCCCUCCUUCUAUAAGAUUGGCACAAAAAGAGCCAAUUUUGAUGAGGAGAAUGCGUAUUUUGAAGAUGAUGAAGAGGAGUCGAGCAAUGUGGACCUGCCCUACAUCCCUGCAGAGAACUCUCCGACACGACAGCAGUUCCAGUCCCAGGGCUCAGACAGUGAGGAAGACCCACUAGAUGCCUUCAUGGCUGAAGUGGAGGACCAAGCUACGAAAGACUUAAGGAAACUAGAAGAAAAGGAGAAAGAGAAGAAACCUGAAAAGGGUAUUCGUGAUGACAUUGAAGAGGAAGAUGACCAAGAGGCCUACUUCCGGUACAUGGCGGAGAACCCCACAGCCGGGCUGACCCAAGACGAAGAAGACGAGAACGUGGAUUACGACAGUGACGGGAACCCCAUCGCCCCUGCCGCCAAAAAGAUCAUCAUGCCCCUCCCCCCCAUCGACCACUCUGAGAUUGAUUACCCCCCUUUUGAGAAGAACUUCUAUAACGAGCACGAGGAGCUGCACAUCCUCACUCCCAUACAGGUGGUGGACCUGAGGCAGAAGCUUAACCUGCGGGUGUCAGGUGCUGCCCCUCCCAAACCCUGUACGAGCUUCGCCCAUUUCGGCUUUGACGAGCAGCUGAUGCACCAGAUCCGCAAGUCAGAGUACACGCAGCCCACCCCCAUUCAGUGCCAGGGAGUCCCCAUCGCCCUGGGCGGCCGCGACAUGAUCGGCAUCGCCAAGACGGGCAGCGGAAAGACCGCGGCCUUCAUCUGGCCCAUGCUGGUGCACAUCAUGGACCAGAAGGAGCUGCAGGCUGGAGAGGGGCCCAUCGCAGUCAUUGUGUGCCCCACGAGAGAGCUGUGCCAGCAGAUCCACGCAGAGUGCAAGCGCUUCGGAAAGGCCUAUGCCCUGCGCUCGGUGGCCGUGUACGGUGGGGGCAGCAUGUGGGAGCAAGCCAAGGCCCUGCAGGAGGGCGCCGAAAUCGUAGUGUGCACCCCGGGCCGUCUUAUCGACCACGUGAAGAAGAAGGCCACGUCCCUGCAGAGGGUCACCUACCUGGUGUUUGACGAGGCGGACCGCAUGUUCGACAUGGGCUUCGAGUAUCAGGUGAGGUCCAUCGCCAGUCAUGUGCGCCCUGACCGCCAGACUCUUCUCUUCAGCGCUACCUUCCGUAAGAAGAUCGAGAGGCUGGCUCGGGACAUCCUGGUGGACCCCAUCCGCGUGGUUCAGGGAGACAUAGGAGAGGCCAAUGAGGACGUGACGCAGGUGGUGGAAAUCCUGCCCAGCGGGCUGGAGAAGUGGGGCUGGCUGACUCGGCGCGUGGUGGAGUUCACCUCCGCCGGCUCCGUGCUCAUCUUCGUCACCAAGAAGGCUAACAGCGAGGAGCUGGCCACCAACCUGACCCAGGAGGGCUACAGCCUGGGCCUGCUGCAUGGAGACAUGGACCAGAGCGAGAGGAACAAGGUCAUCGCCGACUUCAAGAAGAAGAACCUGCCCGUGCUGGUGGCCACUGACGUAGCCGCCCGUGGUUUGGACAUCCCGUCAAUCCGCACUGUGGUGAACUACGACGUGGCGCGAGACAUCGACACGCACACCCAUCGCAUCGGGCGUACGGGCCGCGCCGGGGAGAAAGGUGUGGCCUACACCCUCUUGACCAACAAGGACACCAACUUCGCUGGGGACUUGGUGCGCAAUCUUGAAGGGGCCAAUCAGAGUGUCUCUAAGGAGCUUAUGGACCUGGCAAUGCAGAAUCCCUGGUUCAGGAAGUCCCGCUUCAAGGGAGGCAAAGGGAAGAAGCUGAAUAUUGGAGGUGGGGGUCUGGGCUACAGAGAGAGGCCUGGUCUGGGAGCAGACACCUCGCAGGACCGUGGUGGCAGUGGGAGUGGCAUUCUCUCCAACUACGAGUCCUAUAAGCCGUCCUCUGGGGCCAUGGGGGACCGUAUGUCAGCCAUGAAGCAGGCCUUCCAGGCUCAGUACAAGAACCACUUUGUGGCGGCGUCGGGCCUCCCUCCCAAGGUCACCAACACCAACUCCAGCAGCUCCGCAGGCUGGACCAGUGCCGGCAGCCUCAGCUCCGUGCCCACGGGAGACCCGCAGGAGGGGGAGCGUUCCAGGGCCGGGCCCCCCACGGGCGCCCCCGCCCCUCCACAGAGCACGGGGACCCGCAUGCCUGGGUUCACCAGCGCCGGGACCCUGAGCUCCCUGCCCGAGAGCUACACCAACCUGCCCCAGGGUUACCCGGUUCCCCCUGCACCCCGAGAGGCCCCGCGAGACCGGCACGGUGACGGCCGAGAUCGGCACGGGGAGGGCCACUACCGCCACGGCGACCGGCACGGCGGAGAGCGCGAUCGCUACGGCGACCGGGAGCGGCAUGGAGAGCGCGAUCGCUACGGCGACCGGGAGCGAUACGGCGGCGGGCGCCAUGGAGACGGCCGGAACGGGGAGGGGAGCCGCAGGGACAGAGAGGGGAGGAGCGAGCGGGAUGAGUGGAGAGGAGACCGGGAGACUGGGGACAGGUCAGGGGGCGAAGGCAGGGGGGACAGGGGUGAGAGGGCCGAAGACAGCUUUGCGGUCCCAGAUCCUCCCAAACGCAAGAAGACCCGGUGGGACAGCUAAGCCAACUCCCCGCCCCAAAUCAGUCUAACAUGAUCGCACACGGCUCAUAGACAGACAGCUACAACUUCAGUAACCGUAAGAACAUCAUAGAUCUGGUGCAGUGAGUCUCAUAAUCUUGUAAUAUUGCUUUCUUUCAACUGUGGUCUUUUUACAGUUGAGCUUAACAGUGCUCCCAUGGUUUGGGGUGGAAGCUUUCUGCUUUCAGUGACCUCCCAUGUAGCCAAGAAUGUGUGCGUCAUGAUCAACAGAUCUGGUUUUGAUAGCUCAGAGCAGGGGUGAAACCUGCGUCUUUGAGGGCCAGUGGUUUGGUUUCCUUUCAGUCGACAGGCAGUUACAGGCUUGUGAACAAGGUGUGUGAAUUCUUCAACCAAUGAACGACUGAAAUUAAUCACUAUUGCUGAAGUAUGCCAAAAACCAACACACUGCAACCCUGUAGGAUUGUGUUCUGAUACCUGUGGUCUGGUUUGCAGGCCUGCUGGUUCUUUGGCCCUCCUCUUCCCCUAUCCAAACUUGUGAGGUAUGAGGCCCAGGAAAUUGUGGUAGUAGGUUGGACCGAACUAGGUCUGUUUUCGUAAUGAUGCACCUGAAGGCAUUGAACAUGUUUUUGGUUGGUGCAUCAUGAUGCUGACCCACGUUCUCGAGACUUGUCGACCUUUCUUAUUCAAAUAAAAAUUGUAUUUGUGUCAAUAUACUGAUAUUUUAGUUGGGCUUGGCAGGGGGCCUAAGGAAAGAAGCGAGUGCCUGUCUUUGAAAGUUAUGUUGGAAUGAUCUUGGCUCAGCUAGCUUUUAGUUUAAAAAGAAAAAACAUUGAGGGAAGUAGUAACUUUGUUUGGACUGCAUUUGUUUGUGUGUGAUCAUGUUUGAAUGUGUGCCCGUCUACAUUUGUGUGAAAGCGAUACAGUUAUCAGAUUUCCAAUGGACAUUUGUUUUGCAGUACAAUGAUCAGUCCUGUUCAUUUAGCUUCAUGAACUCCUUCCAUUUGAGGUGUAUUCCGUGUAGUCUUUGACUCAAGCCGAUAUCCCAUUAAACCCUAAAUCUGUGUAAAACUUGUUUCUAGUGUACUGUCAAGUGUCAGGAAUAAUAUUAUUCUAACGGCAACUGGGAGAUCCUGUUGCCUGCUAUACGUGAAGUCAGGUUUUUUUUUACCGCAAUUAAAUUUGAGUAGGAAAUGACCCAUUGCUUCCAGCUCAUCUCCGUUCUGCCUGAAUUCAUAAUCAGAAUGGUGGAAUUCAAAGAAAUGUGAAUUUAUCUAACCUAUCCCUCUCUUGGCUUUUUCAUCCUAUGUGCUUUUCUGAUUCUGAUCCAGAAUAAUAAAAUGGUGUUCACUCCACCUGCCAUCUAGAGUUCAGUCCUUCUUGUUUGCUGAGGGGAGGUCUGGGUUGGGGUCCUGGUACAUUUAUAUGUACAACCUUUGGCUGGAGAAGUUUACAGUCAGCACUCUGCUACAUUGUGUUGUUGAUGAGUAGAUACCUGACUUGCUCAUGGGUGCCUUCCCAGAAAUGCAUGCAUACCUUGCUCACAGUUUGACUUGUAAAUAUGAUCCUGAGGUCUCUGACUCUGACAAAUCUCACCUGUCCUGUCUUACAACAACUGUUUGGGUUGCUUUGAGCUAAACAAGCAAAGUACUUUAGCCUUCAGCUUCCUUUGGGAUGACUCAGAUGUACCUGUUCUAUAAGUUGAAACCCUUCCAACUACUUCACUUUGAGUCAAUUGUAGUGCUCCCUGAAAAGUGUUAUUUAAAUGUAAAUGUGUCUAUCUUCCUCUCACACAAGUAAUUCUAAUGAGUACCUUCUUGUUAAAAAUGUACAUACUCAACUUGUUGAUGGCUUCCGCAUUGUCACUCUUUAAUAAAUUCAAGUUGUUUUCCAA